GGUUGAGUUGUUAAUUUUAAUGACUGAUUUAUGUUUUUGUGUUGUAGGUGCGUGUGAGGAAAAUGGUGAUGAAGGAGGGUCUAGAAGAGCUGUUUCCUCAGUGGAAGGAUGAAGCAGAUGACCCACAACUUGAUAACCUAAUUAAAGAUAUACAUGCAGAUAGGUUUGUUAGAGAUUUUUAUGUGCAAUCGAAUGAGAAGAACAAAAAAACGAAGGCUGGAGUUUCGUCAGAGGCUGAGCCACCCUCAAAGAAGCAGAAAAAUGGUAAGAAACAGAAGGAGGUGAAAAUCAAUGAGGGUGAAACUGCUGUUGUAGAGGAGAAGGAGAGUGCAAAGGAGAAGGGUCGCAGCGAAGCGGUUCUGCUGAACAUAGUUGCUCAUCUCGAGAAGUUGGACCAAAAAUUUGACUCGAGAUUAACAGAAUACGACACCAAGUUUGGAUCUUUUUCCCGAGGCCUUUUGGAUACCAUUGGAGAUACAAUGAAAACUACAGUUGAAGAGCGUCUGAGAGUUUUGGGGGUGUCCAAUAGUAGUCAACCUGAAGGUCAAAACGUGAUGGUCUCAGAAGACAACCAACAGCCGGAGUCCAAUAGUGGUCAACCUGAUGGUCAAAACGUGAUGGUCUCAGAAGACAACCGACAGCCGGACUCCAAUAGUGGUCAACCUGCAUCUAAGACCCCUAUUGAUAAACAGUCCGAAGACAGCCAACCGCAAAAGACCCCUGAUAAAGGCCAAUCUGAGAAGAAUCUGGCAGAUGAUAUUGCUAAAGCUGAUGCGAAAGGUAUGGGAGCAAAGCUGAAUUCGAAGGUUGUCAGGGAUAAGGCUGCUGGGGUGAAAAAGAACUUGGAUUUGGCGUUUGGUAAUGCCGAUGCAACAAAUGCUGAUUUGGUCUCUGAUUCUCCUGGUAAGGAACCACCAUUCGGACUCGGUUGCAGGGGCUUAGGGAAAAUAAAUAACUUAGCGGCUGAUUUGGAGAGGAAUGAAGCUGAGUUAAAGAAGAAGCAGAAGCAAGAAGAAGCUGAGUUGAAGAGGAAGAAGAAGCAAGAAGAGGCUGAGUUAAAGAAGAAGCAGAAGAAAGAAGAGGCUGAGUUAAAGAAGAAAAAGAAGCAAGAAGAGACUGAUUUAAAGAAGAAGAAGAAGCAAGAAGAGGCUGACUUAAAGAAGGAUAUUCCUGCUUCAAAAAGGACUCGCAGUGGUACAAAAAGAAUAACCAUUCCGACUAAGCAAAUUGAGGCGGAAACAGACGAACUGUGACCGGAAUCUGAUGUGGAGGAAGAUGAAAGGAAAAGGUGUGGAAGAAUAAAGGAGUAUCGGCUGAAAGCUGUUCAAUUAUCUCCAGAUGGUUCUCAAAUGAGUGCGGAAUUUGGUCCUUCUGUACCAUUUCCCCACAUCGGAGACAAUGUAACGACGUGCAUGAGAAAAGGUUUAGAACCUUCACCUGCAAUAUAUGAUCCCCUAGGACUUGUUGAUCCGGUUAAAAGGGAUAAUCUUUUGCAACACCUAAAGCCACACGAGUAAGGACUUUUGCACCAUUUCGUUGAUUUUAGCUAAUAAAAAGAUUUUGCAGAGACUGAGUUGUGUUAAAUUAUCAGGGAAAUUCCACAUGGAGAAGCUCACGAGGAUAUUGAGUUCUACAGAAUCCUCAUCACUCCAAGACCUUGGCCCAUCAAAGAAUAUGGAUGGCUGGUUCAAAAUGUAAGUAUGCAGCUGAGUUAUAUUUACUUUACGGCUAAGUUAUAAGUAUGGUACAGCUGAGUUAUAUAUUAUCUGUGCAGCAUAUUGCUGCGUAUAUUAGAGUCCUCAUUCAAAGGUCCAAACAAGAUCCGAACCCAUUCUGGUCCAAGCGCGUUGCCUUUAUAGACUCUUGGUUCCUUGAAUCAUGGGUUCACGAUUAUAAGGAGUUCGAAGCCAAACCGGAAAUGGUCAAAUUCAAAGGAAGUGGUUACGAGGGGUUAGCAAGCGGUUUGAUCCCCACAGACAUUCAGACAAAGUUGCGGUGGUUUACAGAUGUAGAUCACUUGUACGGAGUGCUUAAUACUGGCGGUAAUCAUUGGGUGGGUUUUCACGUGGAUCUGCAUAAAGAGAAGGUUGAUUGCUAUGAUUCAAUCGUUGGAGAGGAAACACUCGAAAGUGAUCUGAGAAUGCUAAAUUUCUUUAGGCCGCUUACUGGUAUUAUCCCUGCGAUUCUGAAUGCCCUUAUUCCUGAUGAUAUCCGAGUCCCUACCAAGAAAGAGUUUGUAUUCAGACGAAGAACAAAACGUAUUGUUCCACAAAACAACCUGAGAGGCGACUGUGGAGUGUAUUCAUUGAAGUUCGUCGAGUGUCUAGCGCUUGGUGUAGCUUUUGAUGGGAUAUCGGAUGAAAAUAUUCAAGGUCUGAGAAUGAAGAUGGCAGCAGAUGUCUUCGAUGAAGGAAGUUGUAGUUUGGUAGGGUUGUUUGGCGAUGAAUGAAGAUGAGUUUUGUAUGACUUAUGGCUAGAUAUUUUGUACUUGACUUAAAGUUAUGAUUUGUUUAUCGUAACUCAGCCACCUUGUUUAAAUUACGCAGCCGUUACGUUAGAUAUAGCUCAGUCAAACCUCAAACCAUACCCUAGAAUAGGAAAAUAUUUAAUAAGUCAGUCGAUUCGUCUUCAUAAAACAGCCGUUAAGUUAGAUAUAGCUCAGCCAAACCUCAAACCAUACCCUAAGAUAGGAAAAUAUUUAAUAAGUCAGCCGAUUCGUCUUCAUAAAGCAGCCGUUAAGGUAGAUAAAAGUCAGCCAUACCUCAAACCAUACCCUGAAUUAAAAUAAUUGAUAUGUUUAUACUUCAAAAUGUUAUAACAUUCCCUAAUAAGUGAAUAUAUAAUCAACCGAACGUCUCUUAUUUAUUGAAUUAACGAGUUUAGAAUCGAUAAUGAUCUUGAGGUAUAUGUUGUCUUGCAGUUACUUAAAACCUUACAUGUAGAUAUAGAGUGUGAUCAUAAUACAACUCUCCUAAACUAUAUAUUACGCAUUUUAAGACUAAAUUUAUGUUAUUUGUUAUAUUUAUCACACCGUUAUUCCAAAUCCUAAACAUAAAUCCCUAAAUAAACAAACCUAAACUCUAAAUACUAAACCCUAAACCCUAAAUCCCAAAUAUUAAAUCAGCCGUAAUAAGCUAUAUAACUCGGAUGCCACGUUUGUUAAAUGUUGUCGUUUGGCGGGAAAUAAGAUAAAUAAAUUUUGAGAAAUUUCAAUUCCCGCCGUUUCACGUUCUAUGUUUCUCUAUAUAUAGUGCCCUCUCUAAUACCCUUUCUUACGCCUUUAUCUCUCUAGAAAAAACCUAAACAAUAUCUCUCUAUCCCCAUCAAAAGCCAUGCCGAUUGUUCCUGGAAAUUCAGAGAGGUUAGAGAACAGUGUUUUUGCGAUACUAAGCUCUGCAAAUCGUGAAAACCUCCAUGUUCUAUACCCUGGUCCGUGUGACUUGCUUGACACAACCAGCUCUACAUGGUUUAAAUUUUUAACUGAUCUCUCCCUGGUCAUCCCGACGAUUCUUGCAGAAGGAUGGGUUCAUGCAUGGCCGACAUACUGCGACAUUCCCGAUCAUUUUAUAGAACGCUGGUUUCUUCAACUCGCUGUAAGGCCCGACAUUUGUUCAUAUAUAUUAAUAUAUACCAUCGGUCUGUAAUCUUUGUAUUUUUUGUUUGCUGUAGCGGACAAACACAUGGGAUCGAAGGCAUCAUUUGACAGUUUGGCGUAAUUUUAAUCUUGUGGCCAGAAGUCUAUUUCGUUGUCAGAUGCGCCAUUUGAGGUGGACUUGGUCGGAAGGAGGCGAGAAGCCAACUUGGAUGCUAACCAGCGUUUGGCUUGAUCUCUGCCACAUGUUUGAAGAGUCUGGUCCAGAUAAUUUUGGUUCCUGAAAGUCUUUUCGUGUCUGUAUUUUGAACUUCAUUAUUUCAGCCAUAACUUGUUUCAAUGAUUCAGGCGCAACUAGUUUGAAUGUAAUCUCGGCCACACAUUUUAUAUAAUUCAGGCAUAACUUGUUUCAAUAACUCAGCCGUAAUUGUAUUUUGAAACGCAUUAUUUCUGUUUGUGAAUGUUAUCUCGGCCACAUAUCUAAUAUAAUUAAGGUAUAACUCAGCCAUCAUUUUAUUUAAAUAAGUCAGGCAUAUCGUAUUUAAAUAACUCAGUCAUCAUUGUAUUUAAAUAACCCAGCAUCGAUUUAAUUUUAAGAGGCGGUAUAUGGGAAGUUCCAUCAUUGUGCGCGUGGGAAAAUUUGGCUGCCAUGAUAAUAUCGAGACUCAUUAUUACGAGUUUUUAUAUAUAUGUUUCAUUUACAAUAUCGAGACACUGAUAUUAUAUUGUAUUUUAUAUAUUUAAUAGUACUAUAUGUGUGAUGUCGUAUCUCUUCUUACAAAGUAAAACAAUUUUUAGUUUUCAAGGACUUUGAAAUCUAUUUUAACAAUGUCUUCCUCAUCCUUCACCUCAGGAAAUUAUUACAGACGACGUAGGAAUAUGGAAAGAGGAACGCCGAAAGAGUGUUGGUGUGGUGCACCAUCUGACAUUUUUACAUCUGGAAGCGAAACAAAUCCAGGAAGAUUGUACUAUUGCUGUGCAAAAGGAUAUCAUAAGAGUCAUUUAUUCAAAUGGGCGGAUGAGUGCUUGGUGGAAGAGGUUGAAGAUAUUAAGGCAGUGAUAAAUGGCAUGAAUAGAGACAUCUCGGAGUUGCGAGUUAACGUUGCUCGGUUGGCGAAUGGAGUAAAGACAGAAUCUGAGAGAAAAGGAGGCGAAUGUUUGAGUGAGAGUAGGUGUUUGAGGAAUGUGGUUGUUUGUAUGGCUGGAAUGGCGAUAUUUUGCUACUACUACUUCUCUGUUUAGUCAUGUUUUGUCAUCAUAAGUCAGCUUUCGCGUGUUAUGUAACUCAGCCUUUAUUAACUUUUAAGUUGUUUUAACUCAGUCGUAUGUAAACAAAACUAUGCGUUUAUUAAUAUAUAACUCAGCCGUUAAAUCAAAUUGAUAAAAGCGAGAAUGUUUUGUUACCUCUAGUAAAUGACAUAAAUAGCCUUUGGUUAGUUUUAUUUACUUUUAUGCUCAGAUAGUCUCAUCAACCAGUAACAUUGAUUGACAAAACAAUUAGAAAAAAAAAACAUUGUCGGAAACGGAGAAGGAACCGCAAGGAUACUAAAUCGCCGUCGACAUUGUGUUUACUUCCUCUUCCUAAAAAUAACUGUGAGAUCUCUGUUAUCGUUAUCGUUCGUUUGUACGAAAUCGUCUUCGCCGCAUUCAUAUCUACAAGUUCGUCUUUUCGGUAGGAUGUCGCGACGUUAAAUAUUGAUUUGGGGUUUUGUUUCGAGUGAGUUAGGGUGUUGUUUCGAGUGAGUUAGGGCUAUGUUUCGAGUGAGUUAGGGUGUAGUUGUGAUUAGGUUAUUAUUGUGUUGUGGCUGAGUUAUUGUUAUGUUGUGGCAGAGUUAUUGUUAUGUUUUCCCUGAGUUAUUGUUAUGUUUUCCCUGAGUUAUUGUUAUGUUGUGUCUGAGUUAUUUUAAUGUUGUGGCAGAGUUAUUGUUAUAUUCAUUGAGUUAUUGUUAUAUGUCGUGACUGAGUUAUUGUUUGUUUAUUUGUUCAGAUGGAUGUUUCUGAUGUUAAAUCACGGGGUUACCCUCCAAGACUUUAUCCUGUAGGGUCUUCUAACCUAGAAAAUAAAGACAUUAAUCACAAUUUCCGUUCACGAGAUUUACCUCAUAUUAUAGAAGCACUAGGAGAAGAUGUAUGGAAAGCACUGGUGAACUCUCCCAUUGGAGUAGUUGCUAGGCUAGUUGAACGCCGAAGCGUGUGGUCUGGUAGAACAGUACACUAUCUACUAUGUAGACAGCUGUGAGUACAUAGGAAGGAGAUAUGGAGUCUGGUGGUUGAUGAGCCUAUCAGGUUUAGUUUGGUAGAAUUUGGUGAGAUAACUGGGUUAAACACUGGUCCAUUGCCAACAGAAAGUUUUGAACAUGAUCCUGAUAAAUACAAACCGUUUUGGGCGAAGCUGAAGGUGUCGCUUGGGAGGGGACCCACGUUGGAUAAACUGAAGAACUCAAUAGAGGUCUGCCCGAGUUGGACAUUUGAAGAGCGUAAAUGGUUAGGGCUAUUAGUUCUUCAACACAUGGUACUUUAUUGUUUGCAUCAAAAUUCUCGGGUGCCAUUUGAAAGUGCCAAAAGAGUGUUUGACGAUGAAGCCAUGAAGUCGUAUCCAUGGGGUCGGACUGCAUACGAAGUUCUCAUUGACUCUAUUAAAACGUUGGCUCCAGACAGGGGGUCAUACACAUUAAGCGGCCUAAAAGAUGCGUUAUUGAUUUGGGCGUAUGAAUCCAUCGUCUGCUUUGGCGAGUGUUUUGGGAGAGUGGUGAAUAAUGAAGACGUUCCACUUUUACGAUGGGGUGGAAAGCGUACUCGUGCAAAUUUCGAAAACUUGUUGUCUGCCGAGAUAAAACAACAUAGCCAGGUAAGGUGUAACGCUGCGUUUUGAUUUCUUAAAUGGCUGAUUUAUUAGACUUAAUGGCUGAGUGUUGUGUUUAUUUGGUGGCUGAGUUAUAUUAUGACCUGGUGUUACAGGUGCGUGUUAGGAGAAUGGUUUCGAAGGAGUCAAUCGAAGAGUUGUUUCCUGAAUGGUCGUGUCAACCUGACGACCCACAACUCAUUAACUUGAUAACAGACAUACAUGCAGGUAGAUUUGUAAAAGGUUUUUGGGAAGUGCAUGGAAAUGCGGAGGGGAAGGGUAACGAGAAGAAGAAGAAAGCUGAGCCACCCACUAAGAAGCAUAAUAAAGUUAAGACCAAUGAGGGUGAAGCUGCUGCAACGGGAAACGGUUCAAGCGAAGAGGAAGGUAAUAAAGAUUCGGGGAACAACGCGAGUCUGAUGGCCAUUGCGAGUACUCUGGAUAAACUUUCCAGAAAAUUUGAUCUGAUGGACGUGCGAUUUAAAAAACCAUUGGUGGACCAGAAGUCGAUAGAUGACAUGGUGAAAGUUGCAGUGGAGGAGCGUCUGAAAGUUAUGGGAAGAAGAAAAAAUCCCCAAAACAAAGAUAACCUCUCAAACGUCGUCGCCGACCAACAACCUGAACCGUUGUCAUCACCACAGCCUAAUACCCAGCAGAAGUCUGUCUGUAGUCCACUGUUAGCUGAAACCCCUGGAAAGGAUAUGAGACCUAGAAACAAUUUGUCCAACGAGCUUGAUAAGGAGAGAGGGAUGAAAAAAACUUUGGCUUAGGAGUUUGGAACACAUGCUGAAAAUGAGGGUGCUAAUGUUCUUAAUUUCCUAUAUGUUUCUCUUGCAAAGGCAACUAAGGCUGAAGACUUACGUCGCCACUCCACGCGCAACCGUACUAUAAAGGAUGAGGAUGCAGAAGAUAAGAAAAAAGCUGUGCAAGCAGAGGCUGUGUUGAAGAGGAAGGAUAAAGCUGCCGCUAAGAGAAAAGCGGCUGCCUCAAUGAAGCAAAAACAGCCUGAGUUAAAUAAACCAAAACAGGCUGAGUUAAUGAAUGAAAAACAGGCUGAGUUAAAGAAUCAAGAACAGGCUGAGUUAAUGAAUGAAGAACUGGCUGAGUUAAAAAAUCAAGAAGCCGAUAAUGAGAAGAGAAAGAAUAUAACUACACCGCGUGCCAAUGUAAAAAGAUGCAAGGUUGAAGAUUCUGUAGAGGGCAGUGAAUUUGCUGUAAUGACCGACGAAGUUCUUGCGGAGGAGAAUGAAAUCUUGCCGGAGUCGCCUAUGGAGAGUCAGGAAUUGAUUAGAUCUGCUAUAGUAAAAGAAUAUCUGGAGAAAACAGUUAAAUUAUCUCCACAAGGGUUUGCAUUGUCUGAAGGUUCUUCAAGACCAGUUUUUCCUUACA